UGUUCAGUUCCUGUAUACGAUUGCUAUAAGCUCGGAUCGGCGCGCUUGAAAAUUUCAAUUGAUUGAUUUGACUGAUCCGAUUUAAUUUGUUCGUCGCGUAUUCUAGAUUUCAAAAUCAAAAUGGUUGCUGGUUGCGGGCCAAAGAUCGCUAAGCUUUUCUUGUUCGUCUUAAACUUCUGUAUUUGGCUUUGUGGUAUCGUCCUGAUCGGCGGAGGGGCUUAUGUGACGAUCAAACACAAUGACUACCAGGAGCUGUUCCUUGACGACACGAUUCUGACCGUCUCAUGGACCGCCAUUGGUAUUGGUAUCUUCAUCUUCGUCGUCGGGUUCUCGGGAUGUUGCGGCGCCCUGCAAGAGAGCAAGUGUCUUCUAACACUGUAUUUUAUCUUUUUGCUACUGAUCGUGCUGGCGGAAGGCUCUCUGGGAAUCAUGACAUUUAUUUUCAGUGGUGACAUUGAGGACAAUAUGACGAAGGGCAUGCAGAAAGCUAUAAAUGAGACCUAUGGUCUUAAAGACGGUACAACCACAGCCGUAGAUGACGUGCAGCAAACGUUCGAGUGUUGCGGUGCUUCUAAGUACACGGACUACAAGACCUCUCAGUAUCUUCCGCCGGGGUUGGCUGUACCCAAUUCGUGCUGUAAACCUGGUAAAGAAUGUAUUGGCGGAACCAAGGGGAAUCCCCUCUACCCAAAUCGAGUCUGGACAGAAGGUUGUGUGUAUGCCACGAAAGACACGAUAAAGAAUCACUACCUUGCAAUUGGAGGUGCUGCGAUCGGUCUUCUCAUUUUACAGAUAAUGACGAUGGUGUUCGCUUGCUGUGUCAUAAAAGGAAUUGACAAGGAUUAUGAAAAAUUUGCAUAACGGAUUCAAUCCUUCUUUUUACUCAAUAGAGUCCCACUCCUUCGAUUUCGUGGUAUCAAAACACAAGCAUGCGCUCUUAACCCGAUUGUAAAAAUUAACAACAACAAAAAUAAUCAUGAUAUCCUUGUCCAUCACGUACUGAUAUGUGCGCACAUUGAAACUACGUACAUGCAUUACACAAUAUAAAAAAGUUUUGGAAUUCCCCUUGAAUUGAUUGAGUUCUCGAAAGUGUAUGCGAUCGUGCUGCUGAAGCUCUAUAGCCUCUUUUCAAUUCUAUCCGAAGAUACUUUUUUGUGCUUCAAUUCAAUGGCCUAAAUGAAAAUAUUUUGUACUGAGUCAAGCAGGUGAACCAAUACCUCACUGUUCCUCUUUUUCUAGUAUUUAAAAAAAAUUUACUUCAGACUGACUAGACCUAAAUUUUAUUACAAGCAGUAAUUAUCUAAAUCGAAGGAGAGACAGAAAAAAGCCUCGUAUUCGUAUCAAACAUCGCGAAUGUUAGCCGAUUCACACGACGCCAGUCGACGCUACGACAAUUGAUACGUCUUUGUAAUAAUCAAGAAUAUCAUAAUACUGGCAUUUCAGAAAUAAAUGGCAAAAAACACAACACAACACAACACAAGGAUCAUAAACAUAGUACUGUAGGUCUGCUUAUAAUUAAGGAUCAUAAAAAUGAUAAAAAGCAACAUAAUAAUUAUAUUUUUAAAGUGGUGAGAAACAUGGCCGAUAUAUAAAGCGCUAUAUAAACCCAGAAUAGUAUUGAUAUUGACAUUCAUAAUGUUUAAAGCAUGCAGGUGUCGACAUGAAGGGAUGGAUACAAUUUGUUUAAAAAAAUGAAUUGACUAAUAUUGAUGACUUGUUGAUUUUGACUUACAAAUAAAAUACCAUCAUAAUGACUGCAAUAUCAAAUGUACAUAA